ACACACCUCUCUUCCUUGUGCUGUAAAACCAAAGCAUGUUGCAACCUGCAGGGAAGGACAAGAUCUCCUUUAUAAUAAACUAACAGAGACUGAAAGCAGGACGAGAGCCGGAUUUUUUCAUCCAACAAAGAUCACCAAAAAGCCAACCUAAUUAGAGAAUGGUCCACUCUCAGAAUCAAAUACACCCAGAGGAAGAAGAUAGUUCCGUAAGCAAUGAUUACGCCACAGCCAUCGGCGCCCUGAUCCUAAGCCUAGUUUUCCUCCUGGGCGUACCCGGCAACCUCUUCAUCGUCUGGAGCAUCCUAGCGCGCACCAGGAAGCGCUCUGUCACCACCAUCCUCAUUCUCAACCUGGCAUGUGCAGAUGGAUUGCUGAUGGCACUCACCAUCUUCUUCAUCAUCUACUUGGCCAAGCAGUCAUGGAUCUUCGGCUCAGUUUUGUGUAAAGGUCUCUUCUACUUGUGCAAUGCCAACAUGUACGCCUCCAUCUUCCUGAUCACCCUGAUGAGCGUUCACAGGAUGGUGGCAGUACUGUUUCCACAGAAGCUGUUUCUAAUAACCAGAAAGAUUGUGAUUAGGGUGAUCCUGGGCAUGUGGGUUCUGGUCAUGGUGAUCGCCAUCCCCUCAUUGGUGUUUCGAGAACUGGAAGAGGAGCCUGAUGGCAAUACCACUAAGAUACGGAUUGUGUGUGCGCCGAAUCACACCAUUGCCAGUCAUGUCAGGUUCCAGUACGCUCUAGAGACUGUUUCAGGAUUCAUUCUUCCAUAUGCAGUUAUCAUAACCUGCUACGUCCUCACCCUGAGACGCUUGAGGCAGACCCAGUUCCAACGAAUGAUUCGCAGCGAAAAACUCAUCCUCGCCAUUGUUAUAACAUUUGGCGUAUUUUGGUUCCCAUACCACGUAAUCAACAUGGUGCAGGUUGCAGCAGAGUGGUACAAUGAGGGUUCAAGAACGAAAGAAGUGCUGGACAGCAUUCAUCAGUCCUGCCGAGCAGUGACCUCAGCUUUGGCUUUCAUCAGCAGCUGCGCCAACCCUGUCCUUUAUACUUUUGCUGGAAAGUCCUACAUCAAGAAAAACGGCUUUGCCUUCAUGGCUAAGCUCUUUGAAGGCACGUCGUCAUCGGAUCAAUCAGCAAACAAAAUGAGUCGUGUGAUUAGCAAAGACAGUACGGGAUAUAUUAAAAAUGAGUCAAUAAACAAUGAAAGUAUAAAUAUAGCAAAUGGAUCAAGCAUCUAGCUAAAAGCACCAAAUAUACCUAAAUGCAUGUUUUCUGGUAGAAGACAAGUUACACUGUAAAGCCUUCAAUUUUUAAACAUUACCAUAAAUUACUACAGACUAAAACACACAUAUAUAUAUAUAUAUAUAUAUAUGUGCACGUGUGUCUGUGUGUGUUUACAAAAUAAAUGACGCUAAAUUACCAUUUAACUACCUUUAACCAUACAUCUCCUUUACUGAAAAUGAUAGAAAAACAAUGCUGUCCCACUUUUGAACAUAAUAUAUGUAGCUCAACAUGCACUUUAGAUAAUAAAAAAACUGGUAAAAAUGUAAUCUUGUAACAUUAUUAGACUAUGGAGGUCUGCUUUUGAAAAAGUGUUCUUAGACUGCAUGGAUUCGCACAUUUGCUGAAAAGAGUUUUACUAAGCUGAUCUGUUGAUCUAUCCAGGAAGUGGUGCACCUAAACAUCAAAGCUUUGGUCCAGCUAAGGCUGUUAACAACAAAAUUACUUGCUAAGAAAAAAAAAAAGCGUGUAAUCUUAUUUAGAAUUCAGAAUAAACUGGCUUAUGUUGAAA